GGGCAUGUAUUCAGCAAGGGCAGCAGUGAGCACUCAAUGGGUCGUAAUCCCAUGUCGCAUUUCUGGAAACGCAUCAAUGGCAUCGGAAUCACUGACUCAAUUUUUGGAUCUCAUGACAAAGCCCGUCUGUCGGUUUUAUAAAAACCGGUCGGGUAUAAAAGGGUGUGGGAAGCCGGGCCUGACUCAUUCCCACCUCACAGACUUCAGGGAGACUACACCCCAGCGGGCUUAAACAACAUCAAACAUGGGCAAGAUCAUCUUCUACGAGGACAAGAACUUCCAGGGCCGUCGGUACGAGUGCGACAGCGACUGCUCCGACUUCCACUCCUACCUGAACCGCUGCAACUCCGUCCGCGUGGAGAGCGGCGCCUGGGUGGCGUACGAGCGGCCCAACUACGCGGGCUACCAGUACGUGCUGACCCGCGGCGAGUACCCCGACUACCAGCGCUGGAUGGGCCUCAGCGAUCGCCUCUGCUCCUGCAAGAUGGUCCACUUCCCUAGCGGGACUCAGUACAAGAUCCAGCUGUACGAUAAGGGCGACUUCGCGGGCCAGGCCUUCGAAUCGACGGACGACUGCCCCUCCAUCCAGGAGCGGUUCCGCGCGCGGGAGGUCCACUCCUGCAAGGUCCUGGAAGGGGUGUGGGUCUUCUACGAGCACCCCAACUUCCGCGGCCGCCAGUACGUGCUGGAGAAGGGCGAGUUCCGCAAGCCCGCGGACUGGGGCGCGAUGUGCCCCACCGUCCAGUCCUUCCGUCGGCUCACAGAGUGAUCCAGGCCCCCACCCCCCUGC